GUUCAACACAGCAUCUUUCAUAACGUAAACAAGUUCGAGUAGACGCCACCUCUUCAUGGAGGAAAAAAAUAAAUAAAUAACUACAAAGUUUUGGGCAUAAAUGUAAAAAAGAACUGGUUUACACCACCAUCUACCUCGACAUAUAUAAUUGAGUUUUAAUGAGUUUUGGUUUAGCACGCAGCUGAACAGCUAAGCUAAUUUGCUAACUUUACGUUAAAUCGAAAAACUCAACGAAAUAAUACUAAUAACUUUACAAAAAAGUCGGACCAUUUACAUUAAAAUGUCCUCUUUGAAGGAUUACAAGAUCUUGCGUCUUUCAUUAAUUGUACUCUCGCAAAUCGCUUACAUUGUUGCUUUGAUUAUCAACGCGCUCGCGGGACCUGGGAAAGGCCCGUUUCAGCACAGCACUGGAAAUGUAUCGGACAGAUAUCAGACAGAGAUCACUCCUGCUGGAUGGACCUUCUCUAUAUGGGGUGUAAUUUAUUCCUGGCUCUUCCUCAUGAACAUAUAUUUCCUGAGCUGGCUCUGUAGAGGGUUGUACUCAAGUCCAGCAAUCCUGCCCUCUGUAUUCUUUGUUUCAUGGAUCAUCAACCUGAUUUUAAACUGCUCCUGGCUGGUCUUGUGGGAUAGAGAAUUGAUGAUUGCCGCACUGAUAGUUCUUGCCCUGAUUGCUUUCACCAACUACCUGCUAAUCUACUUCUCAUGGGUUGGUUUACGGGCUCAUGGAUCUUGGCUCAAACAGCACCACCCAAAAGACCUGUUCUGCAUCAUAGUGCUGGUUCAAAAUGGUAUCGCCACUUAUGCAACAUGGACAACCAUUGCAACACUGCUCAACUUCACUGUUGUUUUGAACUUGGCAUCAGUUUCUGCAACAAAUGCUGCCACAGCUUCUUUAUGCAUACUUCUGCUGGAAGUUAUUAUAUGGUUUUCAGUUGAAAACUUCCUAAUAGAGAAGCAUGUGCGUUACAUCCUCAGCGUUUACCCUGUGAUUGUCUAUGCUCUGUCUGGAAGCCUAAGCAAGCAUUAUGACUCAACAGCUCCAGGCCGGAAUGCAGUCUUUUCAGUGGUGCUGCUGGUGCUGGCCUGUAUUGUGUUUGUGGUGCGGUUGACGCUGGUGGUUUGGAGACACAGGACUCGGCCUCUUUUUACCUAUAGUGACCCUUGAAGUCCUGAUGUCACCAAAUAGUGGCACUGAAAAUUAAUUAAACCUCAUAAACACAUUGCAUGUCAUACUAAAAACUGACAUAAAACUGACACAAAUAAUUAUGCUUAUAGUUACAGUAUGCAUGAAAGUUUUUCAGUCAAAACAGAUGCACUAUUAUGCAGUACAGUCCCACACAUAUGUAUCUUCUAAUCUUGGGUCAGUAUGUGCCUAUAAGAUGACAGUUCACCCAAAAAUGUAAAUACUGUAAUCAUUUACUCACCCUUCGCUUGUUCUUAACAUGUUUGAGUUUCUUUCUUCUGUUGAACACAAAAUAAAAUGUUUUGAAGAAUGCUGG